GAUAGAUGUCUAGAGAAAACGAUUUUACGCCAUGCAUAACAGUAGUUGUCAAGAAAGAACGUGUCUUUUUAUGAUUUUGAUUUGUUGAAAUUGAUUAUUGUAAUCUACAAUUGUGGAAUUAUUAUUGACGAUUGCGAUCACUUAUAAAGCAAGUGUUAUACAACUUUACCGUUGAUAGAUUACGUUAAGGACGAUAAAAAAGAAGCGAAGAAUGGUUAGGAUUUGUGAAGAGGAUUUGUUGAUCUGACAGCUUUAAAUUGAGUUAUUUACGUGUGAAAUUCUUACAAUGUUUACUUGAAUUUCCAUCAUUCACAAAUGAAUGUAUUUGGUAAAGAGAAGUAAAUCAACGUUAGCAAUUAAUCGUCAAUCAUGAUUAAGGCUAUUUUAGUGUUCAAUAACCAUGGGAAACCACGUCUCUCCAAAUUUUAUCAAUAUUUCAAUGAGGACAUGCAGCAACAGAUAAUAAAGGAGACAUUUCAGUUAGUUUCUAAAAGAGAUGACAAUGUUUGUAACUUUCUGGAAGGUGGAAGCUUAAUUGGUGGAUCUGAUUAUAAGUUGAUCUAUCGGCAUUACGCGACAUUAUAUUUUGUAUUCUGUGUCGAUAGUUCGGAAUCAGAGUUGGGAAUUUUAGAUUUGAUACAAGUUUUUGUAGAGACAUUGGACAAAUGUUUUGAGAAUGUAUGCGAGCUGGAUCUAAUUUUUCAUGUAGACAAGGUUCAUUAUAUAUUGAAUGAACUGGUGAUGGGUGGAAUGGUUCUAGAAACUAAUAUGACUGAGAUACUUUCAAGGAUUGACGAUCAAAACAAAUUGGAAAAACAAGAGGCAGGAAUCACAGCAGCGCCGGCGCGUGCUGUUUCUGCUGUCAAGAAUAUGAAUAUACCACAGCAGAUAAAGGAUAUGAAGUUGCCUGACUUGCCACAGGCUAUAAAAGAUCUCAAAUUCUGACCAGCCGUUACUUCGUUGGCUCCGAGCUGACUGGUUUCUACUACGAUUUCGAGUACGAGUGAUACCACGACAAGGGUUUUCUUUCCUUCCCUACAAUCGAACGAAAAUGCACCAAUACUGCCUACAGACUCUCCAUAUGUUUCUUCUCAGCAGUACCAGAAUUAAAGAACGAAGAUCGGUUUAUCUCAGAAGGCCCUCAAAAAUCGUUUUCUGACUGUGAAGAGGACAUUUCUUAUGAAAUUUCAAAAAAUAUUUAUACCUGACUUUAAUACAGAAGAGUUGGAGUAACUGAAUUAGAAUUUUCAAGAUAUAAAAUGAAAAGGUAAAGAUUUACAAAUCUAGAAAUUACUGAUGUUAUGUUUAAAAAGGUUACAUCAUUCCUGUACAUUACUAAAAGGAAAAGAAGUAUAUUUCCAUUAUAGUGUAAUCCAUGAAAAUGCAUUUUCUUUGCUGAAGCAGUAUCUUUAACAUUAUCUUGUUUAUGAACAUCUUCCCAUUUCAAUGAUUGAGAAAUGUUAGAUAUCAAUGUUGUAUUGUAUCAAAAAACAUAUUAAAUAAAUAUUAUAAUACUGCAUUAUAAUUUUUAUUUUUCAAGGA